CAGCCAGGCGACUCCAAGCGCUCUCUCAGCCACGCCUCCUCCUCUCCCCGCCCCGCCCCGCCCCACCGCGAUAAGCAGAGAGGCCGCGCGGGGAAAGAAUCCUUCCUGAUCGGCAGAAUCUCGAACGGGGAGGGGCCAUGGGGAUACUACUGGUUUCCGGGAGAUUCUUGGCUCGACGGCCUCCACUGGCGCUCGCCCCUCGCUGCUCCCGAGGCUCCCCGGACAAGCGCGGCAGGGACGAAGGUGACACAUCAUCAACUGACUGGGAUAAGGCUUGGUCUACCUUUAAGAAGAAAGGGAAGAAGACCCUAUUCUCAGAGUUCUCACCGAACAAAUAUGUGACCUGGAACCCACGGCGCAGUGAGUAUCCAUUGUCAGAAGAAGUCGAUCCAAUCAAAAGAGCUGAGAGGUCUAACUUGAUGUUGUGGACAAGCCCAAGAUUUACCUUGGUAGGGGCGAUUAUCAUCGUUUCGGCAUUGCUAAUCUAUACAUUGGUUGUCCCACCCAAGUAACUGCUGAAGUGACAGAUAACAGGUGAGCCGUAGGCCGAAGAUUCUACUUGGAAGUCUGUAUUGUACAUUUAGUUUGUACUAUACGAAGUAUAUCAUGGUUCUGUAUUGCUUCAAGCACAUUCUAAUAGAUCAUAAUAGAGUACUCCUUCAUUUUGGUGAUUUUCUUCAACUGUACAUCAAUUGGAUCCUCUUUAAUCUUCCAUUAUAACCAAGAAA